UAUUAAAAGCACUUCUCGAAAUCGGUUAAGUUGGAAACAGGAACCGUACUAGCAUGGCCGAUAUGGAAACUGUUCAUAACAGUUGUCGCCUCUGCCUGAUUCCUAGCGUAAAUAAACCAAUUACUGAUAGUACUGGCUCUGCAUUUCCAAUUGUGAGCAGUAUAGAUAUAUCUCCACUAAAAGAUCAACUUAGUCGAGUUUUCAAUUUUACGUUCGAUCAACUGAGCCAACUUCCAAAGCAUGUAUGUGACCAGUGUUGUACGAUUGUGUGCGAUUUUCAUCGUUUUUCGGAAAUGGUUCAGAAAAAUCAGAUCUAUUUGCGCACCUUGGCGGGCACCACCGUGACCGCCCCUGAAGUGAAGGAAGAUCCAGUAGAAGAAAUGGCUGCUGAUUGUAAAACCGAUUUAAUUCCUCCAGAUAUGGUUAAAGUCGAGCCGGAACCGCAUGUGGAAGUGAUGAUUGCAGCGGAAACUGAGUGGAUCGUUGGCGGUAAAAGUCUUGACGGUGACGAUAUCGAGGAAGAUGAUUGUGAUGGUAAUAAUGGUAGUGGGGAUGACAGUGAUGAGGACGACGAUUGGAAGCCUAGGGAGGAGGCAGAAGAAAAGGAUAAUAAAAAACAGACGAUGAAGGUUAAAAGAAAAUACACCCGGAAAACCCCCAAAAAGCCGAAAAAAAUCAAGAAAGAAUCGGGUCACGAUCCUUCGAAAGAGUAUAGGAGCAAACCGAAAGAUGAAAUCGAAGAGGAAGAUCGUCAAAUUUUGGAAUAUUUUAAGUUUGCAUGUGAGCUUUGCCAUGAAACAACAUUGACUUUUAUCGACUUAAGACGGCACUUUCGAGAAAAACAUAACCAGAAAGGAUAUCACCGGUGUUGCAAUAAAAAACUUUUUAAAAGAUGCCACUUAUUGGAACACAUUCAAGUACAUUUGAAUCCCAAUCUGUACGGCUGUGAUCUUUGUCCGAAAAGCUUUAGAUCAAAAGAAUAUCUUCAGCUGCACAAGAUGCAAUCACAUGCUGCAGAAGUGGAUCGGCCGUAUAAAUGUGAUAAAUGUCCAAAGAGUUUCAUUCAGAAAGGGCAGCUCUCUUCCCAUAUGGGACGUCACCUGAUGUAUCCAUGUACGCUGUGCGAUAAAGUGCUUGCUGGAAAAGGUUCGUUGACGGCUCAUAUGGUUAACAUGCACAGUGAUAUGGGACGAAUGAUAUGCGACACAUGUGGGCGAGAGUUUAAAACGAAACCUUGCUUCGAUAAACACGUGCGCAAACACAUGGGAAUGCUAGAAGAUACCAGCAUUGAGUGUCAUGUUUGUGGUGUUGUGUUGCACAACAAGGCAACUAUGAAAAAGCACAUGAUUGCAAAACAUACGCAGACUGAUGAGGUGUUUAUUUGCAAUGAGUGCGGGAAACAGGCACCGAACAAGUUUGCUUUAGAAUCACACAAACGGAAGGUGCAUUGCGAAGAAAAGUACCAGUGUGAGUUUUGCGAGAAACGUUUCAAAAAUCCAAUCACGCUAAAGGAGCAUCGUGCGACGCACACCGGGGAGAUCCUGUAUCAGUGUCCGUUUUGUGCAACCACUUUUAACUCAAAAGCAAACAUGUACGCCCAUAAGAAGAAAGCCCACCCAUACGAAUGGGCUCAAGAGCGGAUUAGUAAAGGACAAGCCCAGCGACAUGCGCAGCUGCAAUCAUAAUUAGGACGCAUGGGAUGACGAAAGAGUAUUGAUAUUUGUAGAGCAAUAUGCAGAGCUACCAAAAGAACAUCUCUUUCCUUGAAUUCUUUUGCGAAUUUGUCUUCAAGCUUAAAACUGGCUAUGACCAGUGCUACAAGCCCUGGCAGUCUUCAUCAAUUAUAGCAACCAAUGCCAUUUUACGAUUACAUAAAGUUCUACUAGAAAAAGGAUUCGAUUAUGUCCUGACAGGAAGGUUCACCCAGGACUGUGUUGAGAAUUUAUUCUCACAAGUCCGAUCGAAGCAAAAGAAACCAACAGCUCUUCAAUUCCAGAGCAUUCUUAAACAAUUGUGCGUUGCACAGUACAUGGCGGCGAUUCCAAACACAUCCUACGAGUUCGAUGGUGGCGAAUUCAUUGUAGGCAUCAAGGAGAUUCAGGAGGCUCGUGCGAAAAAGGUGGCUGAAAACGUGAAAAAGGACUCGGAGGACGAGUUAAAGCUAGCUGCAUCUAAAGUGGCUACAAUGUCACAUAGCGCUGCAGAUGCUUUGCUAGAUGAUACCGAGAAAAAUGUGCUUUAUUA